AUGGCUGAUGACUGCAAAAUGCUAAUGUGUCUUGGGAGUACCGACUUACUGAAGAAGCUUCUUCGCGACGAAGUAGCCAACAGUGCCGAACAGACUGAUCUUGAGAAGCGCCAUCCCUCUUCUGGGUCUGUAUGUUUGCAACGGAAAGUUGGCUCGAGCAAAGACUUGUCUGGCAUGAAAUCGAUUGAAUCGGUGGACGACGAAUGUUUAUAG